GUAUUCAGACCAAAACGCCAGUCCUCCCAUUCAUUAGCAUGGGGAUAGUGUGUUUUGGCUGUGGUUUUGGCCGCUGCAGCGCCACACCGGACUGCCGCAGAAAGUUCAGCCAGAAUCAACUUUUGGAGAAACGCAACCCGACGUCACUGCAGCUGAGGGCUGUGGUGGCCAAUCACAGCUGGAGAUCAGACUGAUCAGAGCUGUAAACUCUUCCAUGAGGGAGCACAACGACGUUACUAGGAUGAGAGGAGGACGUUUCUCUUCAUAUGAUAACGUUAAGUGUAAAGUUAGACUUUGCUGUCGCCUUUUGUUGUUGGUAAAACUUUAUGAACUGUAUUAUCAGUUCAGAUCUGUCAGUGAAAACCAAAUGUAGUUAUGUCUCAAUUUAAAAUAUCUGUGGUCAGAUAUAUUAAAUUAUAACUCCUUUCAGCAGUUCAGACAUUGAUUUUAUUUAUUAAAACGAAGUCAGACUGAUCAUCCUUCCUGUGAACCUCAGCAGACAGAAAUUUUACAGAGAGCUUGUAUUUGAAAAUCCGCAGAUCAUAAAAACAUUUAAACAUGUGAAAGGAUCGUGAUAUUAUGUAUUUAGAGAGCUUUGGUGUCUGUUAUUCUGAGUAAUGUGCUGUCCAUCAGUUUUAAUAACGAGGACGUCAAAACUUUGAACCUCAAAACCAACAGACUGCAGAUAGAGGCUGAUAAUCUGCAUGCUAACAGGCUAACAGGCUAACAGAUACUUCCGCUUUUAAACCAGAAUUACUCCUUUGUUACACGCGGACAAUCGGCAGGAACAGUGACGUCACCGCGCAGGUGACAGUCAGCUGACUAUCAGGUCUGAGUCCAUGACGACACCAAGAUUUCUGACUCGUCGUCACAGGAAGCAGCUGAAGGAUUUUACGCUGCAGCUGCUGCUGACAGCUGAUCACCGACAGUCAGCGCGAGACAGUCAGCACGAGACACACAGAGAGAGAGUACCCCGAGCCUGUACUCCAGUGUUCCCAGUGAUGGCUAAGUGGGGGGAAGGAGAUCCUCGGUGGAUCGUGGAGGACCGAGCCGACGCCACCAACGUCAACAACUGGCACUGGACAGAGCGUGAUGUCAGCAGCUGGUCAUCGGAGCGCCUCCGUCAGCUGCUGCUGGCGAUUCGGGUGGAGGGGUCAGAGGGCAUCUGUCAGCUGACCGACGUCUCCAAACUGGACGGAGAAGCUUCCAUCAACAACCGCAAAGGAAAACUCAUCUUCUUCUAUGAGUGGCAGCUGAGAGCCGGCUGGCUGGGAACGUCCAGGAGUGGUGUGAAGUUCAGAGGAACCAUCGAAGUGUCAAACCUGUCCGACGAGAAUGACACAGAUGACCUCGAUAUCACAGCAUCUUUGUGUAAAGACCAGCCCAACACACCGCUCCUUGACCUCAUGAAGAAGAGCGGCGUGCAGGAGGUGCGGAGGGUUCUGGGCGAAUACGUCCACCAGCUGAAGUCAGAAUUUAGCCAGGGGAUGAUCCUACCCACUGCCACUGCCACUGGACCGACACCAACACCACCUCAGAACAAAAAGAACCAGAUCAAGACCAGUAAGACCCAGAUCAGUCCUGCCUCCAGGUGCUCCUCUAGCCCCGCCCCUGAUCCUGCAGGUGUUCGUAUCCCGACCUGCAGCUUCUCUCUGAGGGAAACCUUUCUCACAUCAGCUGAUGAGCUGUACAGGACCUUCAUCAACCAGGAGUUUGUGCAGGUGUUCACGCGCUCGGCGGCGGCGGUGGACGGUCGUCGUGGAGGAAAGUUCCAGCUGCUGGACGGCAGCGUCAGUGGAGAGUUCACACAGUUGGUACCUGACAAGAAGAUCGAGAUGAGGUGGCGGUUCAGGACGUGGCCCAGCGAGCACUUCGCCACCGUCAGCCUGCAGCUGGAGGAGCGAGGAGACGAGACGGAGCUGAGGAUGGAGUGUCGAGGAGUUCCCUCAGCGGAGGAGGACUCCACCCGGGAGGGCUGGACCCGCUUCUACUUCCAGGCCAUAAAACAGACGUUUGGAUACUGAACCCUGAAGCUUGUCUGACAGGCUGUCAGUGGAUGACUGAGCAGCUCACAUAUCAGUGUCAGACUUUAACUAAACAUUGCAGAAAAAGGAAGUCUCUCUUGUUCUUGGGCUCCUAGGAUGUUUCAGCAGCUGUUGGACUGUCCCUUUAAAGUCUGUGAUAUGUUCUGUGUGACCGAAUCACUGUGUAAAUAAAGGAUCGGACAGUU